UUCCCCUAAGCGAGCCCCCAUCAGCCUGAUCAAUUGAUCCAAGUCGAGCUAAUGACUUUAAACAAGCGCUUGGUGGGAGGCAACCCACUGGUCAGUACAUACAUUGUCUACAUAGUCUGUUCUUUUCCUUUUCUAAUUUAUUUUGCAGAAAAAAAAAAUCGGACUCUUCACUCAGAACAACCAACGGACUGUUCUUCUGUUAGAACAACCCAUCGACUGUUCCAGGUAAGUGUUCCGAACAAAAAAAAAAUUUAAAAAAAAAAAAGAGAAUAAUUUCGGGAACAGUUAGGGUUUUGCCUAUUUAAGGCUUCACCCUUCACUUUCCCUUUCAGUCCGCCGUACACUGAUCCCCCACUUGCGAUUUUCUCUAAACAAACCACCAAAUCUUUGAUUCUCAACCGUUUUAAGUGGUUUUGCUUCUCAUUCGUUUGGAAUCUCGAGUUCUCUCUGUUUUUGCAGAUCACUUUACCAGUUUCCACAGAUGGCAAGAACUAAGCAAUCCGCCAAGCGAACGAGAGCCACGUGCAGCACGCCACCCCCGCAAGUGCAGCAACAAACGUCCGCCUCCUACCCAUGGCCCCGCGAGCAAGAGGGUGAACUGAUUGAUCUCGACAGCCCAUUGCUCCUGGACUUCAAUUGCGAGGGGUGGGAUAAGGGGACAGCAGCUCGUUACAACGCCCUCCUCCGAGUUGACAUGCUACCCACUCGUUUCUGCCACACAGAAACUUUGGCUGAUCUUGGGAUCGACGAGGAUGUAUUCGAAACGCUGCACGCCAUCGGGAUUGCUCCUCUGUGCUACACAACGCACGAGCUCUACCCAGACCUUGUUCGCCAGAUGCUCGCCACGGCCACGAUCACCUACGAGGAUUCCGACGCACCCUCCUACGCCAACUGCUCGUUCUCUUUCAUGGCGGAUGGAGAGUACUGUCGCUUGUCCCUCGACAAGCUCAAUGAAAUCUAUGAGAUGGCCGCUGAACCAAAGGGGGUAGCGGUGGCGAAAAAGUUCUCUCCCUCUAACGCCUUUUGGGACUGCAUUGCAAAUGGAACUUCACAGCAGGGAAGGGUUAAGACGAAUCCCGGUUUCAACUUCAUCACCAUGAUAUGCGAGCGGCGACAGUGCCUUAUGCACGGCUCGAAGAAGAAAGACAGGAGCGGCAGCCUGCUCACACCGCUUUUCAAGCAUUUCGACAUUGAUCUCACCAAAUACAGCGUCAACAAGGAGGUCCAGUACCUCGACAUUAGGUACCUAAUGGCGUGCCACAUCAUGCGAGAUGAAGAGACCUACAGCUUUUACGAUAAAGCCGGAACUCAGCUAUUCACCAAACUGCCUCACCCCGAGAUCACCAGGUUCAGCGUGUUUGAGAACAUACGGUUUCUUCCUCCCCCCGAGCUCCUUUGCACUGAUCCACGUGCUGCGGUCCCUGACGAAGACAUGGAUGAUGUUGAGGACAUCACCCCUGAAGCCGACCCAUCGUACGACCUAGGAAGCUCGCCGAUGUGA